GAAAGCAUGCCUGACGACGAUGCCGCGGGAAGCCCGCAGCUGAGCCUGAGCGGGUUCAGCUCCCUCUUCUCCAUCUCCACCACCACCCCUCAUCCUAACCACCACCACCACCUCGACCUGCCGCCGCCCUCUCUCUCCCUCAGCAUCGGCACCGGCGGGGAGGAGCAUGAGGAGGAUCAGGUCGUCAGCAGCGGCCAGGGGACCACCGCCCGCGUCCGGAUGAUGAAGAACAGGGAGUCCGCGCUGCGCUCCAGGGCCAGGAAGAGGGCCUACGUGCAGGAGCUGGAGAAGGAGGUCCGCCGGCUCGCCGACGACAACCUCAGACUCAAGAGACAGUUCAAACAGCUUAAAACGGAGAUGGCCGCACUCGUCCAGCAGCAGCAAACCAACGGCAGCCCACACAGAAGAACCUCCUACACGUAGUUCUAGCCUUCUAGCUAGGCCACUGCAUUUGCCUGCUGCGUCAUUUGAAUAUGCAUGGCCAGAGCCUAC